AUGCAUUUAUUACCAUUGUUGGUCAGUGUGACAGUUGUCAUUGUGAAUACGCUAAUUCAACCGUUGACUGCAGAGAUGUCUACAGAAGCACCCCCGGCGGUGACAUCUCUCUGUGGCCUGAAGAUCGGUGACACAUGUUGCAGGACGUGGGAGGAAUUCUCGAAAGUUCUGAGACACUUGCUGGCGGAGUGCACAUCCGUGUCCAGCACACGGCAGUGUCUGAAGAAGAAGACCAUUUCUGCUCUGGACCGGAUGCUCCGUACCGACGUCAUUCCUCUGAUGGGCGGAGUGGAGCUUGUCCGAUACGCCACCCUCCUACCUCCUGGAAAUGUCUCCGCCUCAUACAACAGGUCGGCGCUUUCUGGCGAGGAAGGCUGGGGGUGGCAGGUGUUGUCCCGGGUUGCAGACCUUUGCAGGACCCACGUCGUCAGGCUGAGACUUGAGCAAGUGGAAGCAUACUCGUACGUUACAAGUAGAGCGGGAAACUGCACUCUACUUGGGAGCACGAAUGUUCCUAUCCGUGAUCCCAAAUGUGGCAUAGGGAGGGCCCGUCACCACUACAAGCACCUGUUCCCUCUGAUGAUGUUUGCCUUCAUGAAGAUGUUGGUGAUCCUGGUUCCCCUUGGAUUCCAGUUCAUGGCAGUUAUCUCAGGAAAGGCUCUUCUGCUCAGCAAGAUGGCGCUGGCUCUGGCCUCAGCUCAGGCCAUGAAGAAAGUGACAAGUGCUUGGUUUGACGUGUACCAUCCACCACACCCCCCCUACUACCACCAUGUCCACCGCAGCUACCACUCGGAGCCAGACCUCCUGCACGCAGCCACACUACAGGGUUUGCAGCCCUCCUUAAUGGAGGCCUCCCACCCACCAACUUUCACACAGACUUCUCCUGACAUAGGACCGGUGCCUUAUCAUCCUGCCCCACAUUUUGUGUUCACUGAUGCUGAUCGUAAACCUAUACAGUACCCACCAGUGCCCUCUGUGUAUGACCCACCUAAUGAGGCUGCGGAGGACCUUGCAGACAGGCGGUAUGGCAACGGUAUCGGAGGGUUUGAAGAUUGGAAAAGUGAAACCGACGCCGUGCGCGGGCGCACCUCGUUUGGCGGCGAGCACACGCCCACCUGCCCGUCGCUUUAUAAGACGCGAGCGGCAGUGUAGAGGGUUAGACCAACAACGGCU